AUGGAUCAGGACGUAUCAGACGUACUCAACUGGCGCUCGCUUCGCUGGCAAGAUGGCUGCACGUACGAAGGCCUGGAGGCGGGCGGAGCCUGCGAGUCACACGGCGUGAUAACGUGGCCCGAUCGCCGCGAGCGUUAUGAGGGGCAACUGCACGACAGCCGUCCACACGGUUACGGAGCGUACCGCUGGCGGGACGGCACGCUGUACCGCGGCCAGUGGUACGACGGCCACAUGCAGGGCUGCGGCGUGCUGAUCUGGAAGGACGAGCAGGGAGCCAUUCAGGCAAAGGCGGGCAAGUUUUUCGGCGAUGGUUAUGUGGGCCCUGUGCCGGGCUGCUCCUCAGAGGCCGCUCACGAGGCGGCCUUGGAAGCUGACAUGGCGGCAGGGAGGGCUAGGCUGUUCGAGGUGGGAGGAGGACAUUUCCUCUUCUCUCUUCACCCCUGCCCCCCGACCCCUCGCCCCUCACCUAUAAUCACUACGAGGAGUGCAGUCCCCUGGUCCUGCUACACUUUUCCGGAGUUUCCGUACAAUAAGGCCCCGCGGGAGCUGGCCGAGCGAGCCGCACGCGAGGUCUAUCCCUCUGGAGAAACCGUCAAGGACUAUAUCGCCGCGUACUGCGCAUAUUUCGACCUGGAGCGUCACAUUGUGUACGGCGCCAAGGUCGUACACCUUGCCGUACUGCCAGGCAACCGCUGGAGCGUGCGUUUUCGCCAUGCCGCCUUCCCCGGCCAGUCACCGCAAUUAGGACCUCUCAAAACUAUGGAGGCGGAUGUCGUAGUCAUGGCAACUGGCAUGUACUACAGUCCGUAUGUGCCGUCCGUACCGGGCCUCGCGAGCUUCAAAGGCACCGUCCUCCACGCCCGGGACUUCUCCUCCGUCGGCGGCCUGGCGGGCAAGAGGGUGCUGGUGCUGGGGGCAGGCAAGUCCGCCACGGACUGCGCAGUGGUGGCCGCGUCACCCGCCGCCCGCGCCGCCUCCGUCGUCACCUUGUUCCGGCAGGCGCACUGGCCCCUGCCCAGGCAGCUGUUCGGACUGCCCUUCCACCGAAUCCUAUACACUCGGUUCACGGCGGCGAUGCUGCCAAUGUACUACACCGGUACGGCAGUGGUUAUGUACGGCGUUGAGUACGGUCAGGACCGCGUCUCCAAGCGUUUGAAGCAUGGGCUGAUGUCCCCCCUGAAGAGGUUGUUUUGGAGCAGCUUGGAGCGCCACGUGGCCGGGAAGAUGCGGCUGCUGGGGCACCUGAGGCCGGAGCUGGACUUCGUGCAGGAUAUGUUCUUCGGAGGCCAGAUCCAGGACGGCUCCUGGAACGAGGCCGUCAAUGCCGGUCGUAUCUCCGCCGUACAGGGCACUCUGGCGGAGAUACGGCCGGGCGGUGUACGGCUAACGGACGGCACCGUUAUCGAUUGUGACGUACUCAUUUUCGCUACCGGCUACACCAAGGACUACAGCCUGUUUGACGCGGCUACUGCCGACCGGCUGAUGGCGGCGGGGGGCCCACCCGGGUGCGGCCAGGCGGGACUGCACCUGUACCGCUCCGUCGUGUGCCCCUGGGUGCCUAACUUGUACUUCAUUGGCUGCGAG